AUGAUCUUCUUCUGUUGUUUCCGUAAAGAUGAUUUGGUUGAAGCUGCUGAUUAUGGAGACCAGAAUAUGACAAAACAAUCAGGAGGAGAUGAUGGAAAGCGCACUGCGCAAAAUAGUGCUCAAGAUGUGAAGGUGCAGCCAAUAGAAGUAGCCGCUCUGCUCGCUGAUGAUAUUAGCCAAGCAACAAAUGAUUUCAAACCACGUUUUCUCGUUGGUGAAGGCUCAUAUGCAAAAGUAUAUCGCGGUGUAUUAAUGAAUGAUCAGCCUGUAGCAAUCAAAAAGUUAGAGUAUAACGAACAGCCUGAUAGGGAAUUCCUUGCCCAGGUUUCAAUAGUUUCUAGGUUGAAACAUGAAAACUUCGUUGAGCUGCUUGGUUACUCUGUUGAUGGGAAUUCACGGAUACUUGUCUUCGAGUUUGCCCAAAACGGAUCUCUUCAUGAUAUUCUUCAUGGGAGGAAAGGUGUGAAGGGCACAAAGCCAGGUCCACUCUUGUCGUGGCAUCAACGAGUGAGUAUUGCGGUUGGUGUAGCAAGAGGGCUUGAGUACUUGCAUGAAAAGGCGAACCCACAUAUCAUCCACCGUGACAUAAAGUCCAGCAAUAUUCUAAUUUUUGAUAAUGGUGUAGCUAAAAUCGCUGACUUUGAUCUUUCAAACCAAGCUCCUGAUAUGGCAGCACGCCUUCAUUCGAGUCGUGUUCUUGGAACCUUUAGUUAUCAUGCCCCUGAAUAUGCAAUGACUGGGCAAAUGAGUGCAAAGAGUGAUGUAUACAGCUUCGGUAUUGUGUUGCUCGAGCUUCUAACAGGUCGAAAGCCCGUUGAUCAUACAUUGCCUCGAGGCCAGCAAAGUUUAGUCGUAUGGGCUACACCAAAUCUAAGUUUAGAGAAAGUUGAGCAGUGUGUUGAUCCAAGACUCGAAGGAGAUUACCCUCCAAGAGCUGUUGCUAAGUUUGCCGCUAUUGCUGCAUUGUGUAUACAAUACGAAGAAAGCUUCAGACCAAACAUGAGAACUGUCGUGGUUGCUCUUCAAUCUAUGUUGAAUGCUCGGACCUGA